AUGAGGAGACCGACCCUUCAUGGAAACGAGUUUGUCUCAGCAGAGUGCAUACUACAAGCAGCUCUGGAAGAUGGACCCAUAGGGUUCAUGCUGUUGGAGGAGCCACCAUCAUCACUCCUGGCCUUUGGUUUUGUACCUACAGGCGCAGACAAAGGAGUAGAGAUGGAGGUGGAGGUGGAAGCAGACAAGCUGCCCCAUCAUACCAAGCAUGAUCUCCACCUCGAGUUGAUAGAAGGAGGUAAGCCACCUCAAGGGCCCCUAUACCUUAAGGGACCCAAGGAGAUGUCUGAGUUGAGGAGGUACUUGGAUGAGAACCUCGAGAAGGGGUUCAUAAGACCAUCGAAGAGCCUGGCACGAUCACCAGUGCUCUUCAUACCAAAGAAGGAUGGAGGUCUCAGACUCUGUGUGGACUACAGAGGUCUCAACGAGAUCACUGUCAAGAACAGGGCACCAUUGCCCCUCAUUGAGGAGCAGCUGUUCCUACCCAGGAAGGCAAGGAUCUAUACCAAGCUAGACCUUAGAGCAGCAUACAACCUCAUCCAGAUUGCUAAAGGAGAUGAAUGGAAGACAGCUUUUGGCACUCAGUUGGGACUCUAUGAGUACCUAGUGAUGCCCUUUGGCCUAGCCAAUGCUCCAGCUCACUUCCAGUCAUUCAUCAAUGACAUCUUCCGAGACAUCAUUGGGGUAUAUGUGGUAGUAUACCUAGAUGACUUCCUGAGCUUCAGUGACACUGAAGAGGCACAUGUGAAGCAUGUCACUGAGGUCCUCACUCGCUUAAGAAGCAACAGGCUCUUUGCUAAGCUGUCGAAGUGUGAGUUCCACACCAAGACAGUUGAGUUCCUGGGGUACAUCAUCAAGCCGAUGGGCAUAGAGAUGGACCCAGAAAAGGUGCACACUGUCAAGGAGUGGCCAAUGCCAGAGUCAAUCCAUGACAUCCAAAGGUUCCUGGGUUUUGCCAACUUCUAUCAAAGGUUCAUAGCCCACUUUGCUCACAUAGCCAAGCCCUUGACAUCACUGGUAAAGCCUAUAGAAUGGUUCAAGAAGUUUGAGCUACCAGAGGAGGCCCAACAGGCCUUCCACAAGCUCAUCCAGGCCUUCACAUCUGCAGGAGUGCUUCAGCACUUUGACUACCACCUUCCAACAAGGUUGGAGACCGAUGCAAGUGACUUUGCUAUAGCAGGAGUACUCAAGCAGGAGCAUGAAGGACGAUGGCAUCCAGUGGCCUUCUACUCUAGGAAGAUGUCCUCUGCUGAGAAGAACUAUGAGAUCCAUGACAAGGAGCUCCUAGCUGUGGUCGCUUGCCUUACUCAGUGGCGACACAUGCUAGCUGGACUACCAAGUCAACUGGUCAUCCUCACUGACCAUGAAGCUCUCAAGUACUUCAAGUCACAGAGAUGCAUCACAGGCCAACAGGCUCGAUGGGCAAUACUACUAGCAGACUUCGACUUCAUAUUGCAGUAUCGACCAGGAGACAAAGGUGGUGAACCCGAUGCUCUCACCAGAAGGACAGACAUGCAACCAGCUGGUGAAGAGCAGGAUCACAAUGUGAGGCAACUACUGCCUCCUCGAGUGUUCAAAGAGACAGCAGACCAUGACUUGAUCCUAGUGGCCCCUAUGAACUCGAUGGAGUCCAUAGCAUCAAAAGGUCUCAGAGACCUGGUCAAGAUCUUCCAGCCCUUAGACCAAGAGCUACAGGAGAUACAUGCAAAGAAGCCCUUUGAGGUCAAGGACAACCUAUGGUAUAGUGGAGGAAGAGAUGCUACCAUCAAGGCAGCCCAACGACAUUACUGGUGGCCAAACAUGACAGCUUGGAUUGCAGACUAUGUAGCAAGUUGUCCUGUAUGUGCUAGAUACAAAGCUCCUCGACACUGUCCAUAUGGUUUGCUACAGCCACUAGCAACACCAGACAGGCCCUGGGGCUCCAUAUCUCUCGACUUCAUCAAAGGACUACCACCAUCAAAGAAGUAUGACUCCAAGACCUAUGACUCUAUCUUAGUCAUUGUUGACAGGUUAACCAAGUUUGCCAUACUAGCUCCAACCCAUAAGACAGUCAUGGCCAAACAGACUGCAGUGUUGCUAUAUGGACACAUGUUCAUAUCAGGAGCAUGGAAGGCAUUUGCAGAACAAAUGGGUGUGAAGCACUCACUUAGCAUGGCCUACCAUCCUCAAACUGAUGGUCAGACAGAAAGGGUCAAUCAAGUCAUCAAGCAGUACCUAAGGAUGUACUGCAACUAUGAGCAGAAUGACUGGGCCAACCUGCUGGACACUGCAGCCUUUGUAUACAACAACACGGUCCACAACAGCAUUGGUGUCUCACCAUUCUUUGCAUGCUAUGGAUGGAACCCCAAAGCUCAUCCUGACAUCCCUCAACGACUAGGAGUCAAUGAUCCAGGUCGCUUUGAGUACCUCAUGGAUGGAAAGGAGCGUUGCAAGUACCUCCAGGAGCAGAUCAGAGAGGCACAAUGUAGAUCAGUAGACCAGUAUUACAGGAAGCACAAGGACAUUGAGUUCAAGGACCCUACCCAGUUCAGGAACAGGGUGCACGAUGUGUUCCAUGUCUCCAUGCUUGAGCCAGCAAGAACAAGUUCUCUUCCUCAACAAGCUGAACAGCACAUCAUACCAUCACUUCCAGAUGAGGACCUCAAUUUCGAAGUCAACGCACUCAUCAACAAGCAUUCACACAAUGGGAUGACAGAGUACAAAGUGUUAUGGAGCGGGUACUCAGAAGAAGCUGCUUCAUGGGAACCAGUAGAGAACCUCAACUGUCCCAACCUCAUCCAGGAGUAUGAGGUGUCGGAGGGGGGAUGA